GUGUCUCUGCACUCACUCACUCUAGGAGAAGUAGGAUUGGUCGUGAGCGGGGGAGGGGGGCUGUGUUUUGCGGUGUCGGAGCACACCAUCACAUUCUGUUCCUUCGUCUUGGUCUUGUCAUUGCUCUGCGCAGAUCAUCACUUCUACACCCUCCUGAUCAUCACAGUGUUGUUUUGUGAGGUAUGCGGAUUUUCAUUGCGAAUGCGCGCCAUUGUUGAUCAGUUCAGAGCAUUUCAGGAUUGGCAGGAGGCACGUCAGGAGUGAAGCAACCGCACCAUCUUCACUGGCGUGGCGUUAGAAGAAUUGGGUCGCUAUGGUGGAAGCAGAAGUGAAGGAGGCGGACGCAGGGACGAAGAGUGGUGAGAGUUUGGGGAGCGGCCGCAUUGAGUAUGUCUCUUACAAAGACGAGAGGCAGCUGCCGGACAUCAUGGCGCUGAUUGACCAGGAGUUGUCGGAGCCCUACUCGAUCUUCACUUAUCGUUAUUUCAUUACGCUUUGGCCUGACCUCUGCUUCCUGGCUUUGCAUGAAGGAAAGUGCAUCGGCACAAUUGUCUGCAAGAUGGAGCAACAUCGAAAUACAUUUCGUGGCUACAUUGCCAUGCUGGUUGUUGUCAAGCAGCACCGAGGGAAAGGCGUUGCUACAGAAUUGGUCACUCGCUGUGUUCAAGUCAUGCACGACGCGGGAUGCGACGAGGUGACUAUGGAAGCUGAGGUAACGAACCUAGGAGCUCUAACACUGUAUGGCAACCUUGGGUUUAUCCGCGCUAAACGGCUUCACAGGUACUAUCUGAACGGUGUCGAUGCUUACCGGUUGAAGUUACUGUUCCCACGGCCGCCUGACACCAAUAGCUUAUUCCUAGAAGGGGGUUACAAUAUGGAAUCUUAUCAAGUGCACGACUGCUCGAAACUUGACCACCACCACGGCCAUAACCCUCACGACCACCAACAUUGUGGUGGGCAUGAUCAUGGGCACUCCCACGCUUCUCAAUAUCAUAUGUAUAGCUAAUUUAUUUGUAUUCAGAGAGGUCAGUCUUUCUUCAUGCCUGCUUAUCUUGGAAUUUUUUGGUGCAACACACAUUUUAUCUAUAGUGGAUCUGAAAACAUACUCCAGCUCAUUGCCGUGUGUUCUCAACAUCAGUGUCUCAGGCUUGAACCUUACCAGGACUUAUAUUAGACUUUGAUGGCAUUGAUAGGCCUCUUCAUUUGUGAGAUUGGCUGCAAUAGUUUGUCUUGUCUUGUGAGAUUCUUAUGUCUUGAAUCAAAUUAUGUUGUGCUUUAUGAUUAUAUUGAAAUGAUAGUUCUUAUGAACAUUAGUUGCGCCA